AGCUCGGCUCAGCUCCGGCUCCAAAAUCACACAGACACUGACCGCAGAACUUUCUAUCGUCGCCAAGAAGAAUCUAAUACCGAAUCAAAAUCCACCUCACCAUUAUUCCGGCGAGAGAGAGAGAGAGACAAAAAAAUGGACAACUCAGCUCCGGACUCUCUACCUAGAUCCGAAACCGCCGUCACCUACGAAUCUCCUUACCCCCUCUACGCCAUGUCCUUCUCCUCCUCCUCCUCCACCACCCACCGAAUCGCCGUCGGAAGCUUCCUCGAAGACUACAACAACCGCAUCGACAUCCUCUCCUUCGAUCCCGACUCCAUGUCCGUCAAACCCCUCCCUUCCCUCUCCUUCGACCACCCCUACCCUCCCACCAAGCUCAUGUUCAGCCCUCCCUCCCUCCGCCGCGACCUCCUCGCCUCCUCCGGCGACUUCCUCCGCCUCUGGGAGAUCACCGACUCCCCCUCCUCGGAGCCCCUCUCGGUCCUCAACAACAGCAAGACGUCCGAGUUCUGCGCCCCGCUGACCUCCUUCGACUGGAACGACGUCGAGCCCAAACGCCUCGGCACGUGCAGCAUCGACACCACGUGCACCAUCUGGGACGUGGAGCGCUCCGUCGUUGAGACGCAGCUCAUCGCGCACGACAAGGAGGUCCACGACAUCGCCUGGGGGGAGGCCAGGGUCUUCGCCUCCGUCUCCGCCGACGGAUCCGUGCGAAUCUUCGACCUCCGCGACAAGGAGCACUCCACCAUCAUCUACGAGAGCCCCCAGCCCGACACGCCGCUCCUGAGGCUCGCGUGGAACAAGCAGGAUCUCAGGUACAUGGCGACGAUCCUGAUGGAUUCGAACAAGGUUGUGAUUCUCGACAUUCGAUCGCCCACGAUGCCUGUCGCUGAGCUGGAGCGGCACCAGGGGAGUGUUAACGCGAUCGGGUGGGCCCCGCAGAGCUGUAAGCAUAUAUGUUCUGGGGGUGAUGACGCGCAGGCGCUUAUUUGGGAGUUGCCGACGGUUGCUGGACCGAAUGGGAUUGAUCCGAUGUCGGUUUACUCGGCCGGUUCGGAAAUUAACCAGUUGCAGUGGUCUUCUUCGUUGCCUGAUUGGAUUGGGAUUGCUUUUGCUAAUAAAAUGCAGCUCCUUAGAGUUUGAGAUGGAGAUGGGAAGUGAUCAGAAUCGGAGUUAAGCAUAGACCCGCGUAACCAGUAAGAUGCGUAAGCUUUAGUAGGGUUUGGUUGGUGCAUGCACAUUCUGGUUUCUUUUCAUCCGCAAUGCCCUCUCUGUAUCCAUCCAUCUGGUUGUAACUAAGACUUGAUUCAUUUGGUGUACCAAAUGCUCUGCUAUUUUAUCUCUGUUUGUGUAUAAACCCAACCAGGAUAAUAAUAUUAUUGCGGUGGUUUCUGGUG